GGGGGGGGGGGGAGGAGGAAUGUGGAAAGUUUUGUGUGUCGCUGCCGCUCGGCCGCAGAAGGCGGUGCUGUGAUUGAGGGGAAGGGAGUCACAGCCUGUGGGAGAGGAGCUUGAGCUGAGCGGCCACUGGGACCCACACAACACACACACGCACACACACACACAGCACUGUAUAAACACCGCGCACUCCUUUCACCCGCGGAUACAAACAGCCACAGAGAAGGGAAGCGCAGCUCGGAGUGUGUCACUGGGUGUGAGGCUGGUCUGCUCUUGGCGUGGGGGGUAUUACCAGAAAUGAAUGGCUAUCUUCACAUUUUCUUUAGAAGUGGUGAAGAAUUGGAUUAAAAGCCACCGGACUUACAAUUGGGCUGGUGAGGCCCAGAGACAGGAAAAGUUUUCAUUCUGUGACUCCAGAAGCUCAAGCUUCAUGCCAGAACAUAUAUAUUCCAGCUGAUGGGGUGGAAUGGUCUGUGUCAAAGCCCUCUUUGUGAUGAUCAACUCGGCUCCGUGGUUAUACAGCAUGAGAUAGUUUGAGCAAAGUGAAUCCUAUUUCAGAUCUUCAGUGAGUGGCAAAAGUUCAUCGAAGAAGCCACUGAAGCAUCCUUAGUAAAGAACAGAGCGUAAAGAACUGGGGACACAUGAGGGCACGUGUGAUAUACAACUUUGACUACAGGCAUAAUUAAUCUAUUUGUUUUUGAAGAUGUUGGUACACUAAAAUGAAGUUUUAUUCAACUCUUGAAAUCAUUUAAGUAUUUUUUAAAUGAAAUUCAUUCCAGCUAGUUAGUUUAUUAACACUUCACAAAAUUCAGUGUCAUGGAAUGAAGUGGACUGGGCCAUCCUUAGUUAAGUAUGGUUGCUUGUCUCUUCAAUGGAUAUGAGUGAUAAAAAACUAGUACACGAAGAACAACUUCAUUCCAGUGGUGCUUCAGGAGGGCCUCCAGAGUCUGACAGAAGUAUGCAGUCAGAUGACUUCUUUACUAGAAAAUAUAAAGUCAUCAAUGGUAACAUGGGACCACCUUGCAUGCCCUGCAAACCUGACGGCAGCAGCCAGGCUAAUGGAACACCUGCCAUGCCAAAAAUGGGCGUGAGAGCAAGAAUCUCUGAAUGGCCUCCAAAGAAAGAAUGUACUAAGGAAGGAGCUAGCAGUAAUAAAAUGGUGUGGGACAGCAGGUCAUUAGCCAAUUAUGAUAACUUGGCUGCAAUGCGAGCUCACCAGAAUGGACAAAAUGACCAAAGCAUGGAGGCUCUGUCUGAGGAAAAUGUCGAAGGCAUUGAAGACUUGGAAUUUGAAGAUACGAGGUACAUUUUAGAGGACCUCUUUAGCAGGUCCCCACACAGAGGGCUUCAUCCUAUAAGACAGAGGAGCAACAGCGAUGUUACAAUUAGUGACAUUGAUUCAGAAGAUGUUCUUGAUCAGAAUGCAGUAAACCCAAACACAGGCGCCUCUCUUCACCGGGAAUAUGGAAGCACUUCCUCAAUUGACCGACAGGGUAUAACCGGUGAUAGUUUCUUUGCCAUGCUUCGGGGAUAUAGGAAUGAAAACGUGGAACAGAGGAGUCCUGGACCACUUGGUCUUAGUGACUUGUUGCGAUGUGAUCCUGGAAUGUCUCCCAGCCUGCAAGCAGCGACUCACAUUUCUAGAGCUGAAAUUGUCCGGAUUUCUGGUUUUGACUAUGUGGAUAAUCCACUUUUCUUUUACAAAGAUAGAGAUAAAUCAUUCAAGAGAAGGUUGAAACCUGGAACAAUUGAAGCAUCUCUUUUCAGAAAACUGAGAAAUGCAAGAAGUGAACAUGAAGCUUUGAGGUUUUCCUUCGACCAGGAAGAGAAUCGACUGGAGAAAUGCAUUCAGUUAUGGACGUGCCACAAAUGUUUGGCACAUUAUGACGUCCAGAGCAUUUUGUUUAAUGUCAGUGAGGCAAUGGCAAAUAGGGCAAAUGUGGGACAAAGAAAAAACACAACAACAGGUGCAUCGGCAGCUUCACAACAUGCAAUCCCGGGAGGCUAUUCAGCAAAUUGUGAGUCUCCAACAGGUAGUAAGGAGGACCUGAACUCAAAGGAGAACUUGGAUGCUGAUGAGGGAGAUGGAAAAAGCAACAACUUAGUUUUGACCUGCUCCUACUUCAGGAAUGAGAUUGGAGGGGAAGGAGAAAGACGUAUUGCACUUUCCAGGGCGAACUCCUGCUCAUUUACUUGCAGUGAAAGUUGUUCAUUUGAGUCCUCACUCAGCUCUCACUGCACUAAUGCAGGUGUGUCAGUAUUAGAGGUGCCAAGAGAAAACCAGGCAAUUCACCGAGAGAAAGUGAAGAGAUACAUCAUAGAACAUAUUGAUCUUGGAGCAUACUAUUACCGGAAAUAUUUCUACGGGAAAGAGCAUCAGAACUACUUUGGAACUGAUGAAAACCUGGGACCUGUAGCGGUGAGCAUCCGCAGAGAGAAGCUAGAUGAAUCAAAGGACAAGGAUGGACUGCAGUACAACUACCGUAUAGCUUUCAGGACCAGUGAGCUUUCCACUCUGAGAGGAGCAGUCCUGGAAGAUGCUGUGCCGUCCACAGCCCGACAUGGCACAGCUCGUGGUUUGCCAGUGAAGGAGGUGCUGGAGUAUGUGAUACCUGAGGUGAACAUCCAGUGCCUUAGGGUGGCUUCAAAUUCACCCAAAGUUUCAGAACAGUUGCUGAAGCUUGAUGAACAAGGGCUAAGCUUCCAGCACAAAGUUGGAGUCCUUUACUGUAAGGCAGGCCAAAGCACUGAGGAAGAGAUGUACAACAAUGAGGCUGGAGGGCCUGUGUUUGAAGAAUUCCUUGAUCUGCUUGGCCACAGGGUGAGACUGAAGGGCUUCAGCAAGUACAGAGCACAGUUGGACAAUAAAACUGAUUCUACAGGAACUCAUUCCCUGUACACUACUUACAAGGAUUAUGAAAUAAUGUUUCACGUGUCUACUAUGCUUCCGUACACUCCUAACAACCGACAACAGCUCUUAAGGAAGAGACACAUAGGUAAUGACAUUGUCACAAUUGUCUUUCAAGAGCCUGGAGCAAUUCCUUUCACUCCCAGAAAUAUCCGCUCCCACUUCCAGCACGUUUUUGUCAUAGUCCGAGUUCAUAAUCCAUGUACAGAGAAUGUCUGUUACAGUGUGGCUGUUUCGAGAUCUAAAGAUGUGCCCCCAUUUGGCCCACCUAUUCCCAAAGGAGUCACGUUUCCCAAGUCUGCUGUCUUCAGGGACUUUCUUCUUGCCAAAGUUAUCAACGCAGAAAAUGCAGCGCACAAAUCGGAGAAAUUUCGAGCAAUGGCUACUAGAACAAGACAGGAGUAUUUGAAAGAUUUGGCAGAAAACUUUGUGACCACAACUACAGUAGAUUCCUCUGUGAAAUUCAGCUUUAUAACACUUGGGGCAAAGAAGAAGGAAAAGUCAAGGCCCCGGAAGGAUGCACAGCUUUACAGUUUGGGAGCUAUUGUGUGGAAUGUUAUUGCUAGAGAUUUUGGCCAGGCCAGUGAUAUUGAAUGCCUUCUUGGAAUCUCCAAUGAAUUCAUUGUGUUGGUAGAGCAAGAAUCCAAAAACGUGGUGUUUAAUUGCUCAUGUAGGGAUGUCAUUGGUUGGACCUCUGGAUUAAUGACUAUAAAGAUCUUUUAUGAAAGAGGAGAAUGCAUUCUACUGUCUGCUCUGGAAAACUGUGCGGAUGACAUCAGGGAAAUAGUUCAGAGGUUAGAGCUGGUGACCAGAGGCUGUGAAACUACCGAGAUGACAUUGCGGAGGAAUGGCCUCGGACAGCUUGGGUUCCAUGUGAACUUUGAAGGUAUUGUGGCUGAUGUUGAGCCCUUUGGCUUUGCGUGGAAAGCAGGCCUGAGGCAGGGGAGUCGUCUUGUUGAAAUCUGCAAAGUGGCUGUAGCCACCUUGACUCAUGAGCAGAUGAUUGACCUUUUACGAACAUCAGUGACAGUAAAAGUGGUGAUUAUUCAGCCACAUGAAGAUGGAUCACCGAGAAGGGGCUGCUCAGAGUUGUACAGGAUACCAAUGGUUGAGUACAAAGUGGACAAUGAAGGCACCCCUUGUGAGUUCAAAACUCCCUUCAGAAGAAAUACCACGUGGCACAGAGUCCCUACUCCUGCAGGACAGCCACUAUCACGAGCAUCUCCUAUACAAGGAGCAUCUGAUAGGCUUCAAUCCCAGCAAAUGUUACAGCAGGUCCAGACAUCUAUUCCUCGCAGUACAUCCUUUGACAGAAAGCUGCCAGAAGGUGUGAGGUCAGUGCAAGAUGUAGAAAAUGCGCAGCUACCACAAUCUGCUGUCAGUGAUGUCAAUCAGCAUUACCGAAACUCUCCAAGCAACCAGUCAUCUUCAAGUGACCCAGGACCCAGUGGUAGCAGCCAUUGGAGACAGCAGUCUGGUUAUAACGGGUGUCAAUCACCUAUUCUGCACGAUCACCAAGGUUCAACCAGUAUUCUAACAGAGUAUGAUGGACCAAGAGAAAGAGAUGGAACAUUAGAAAGAACCAGAAGUGUUGAAGCGAGAUGGCAUGUUCCUUCAACCAAGAUCUUAAGUUCCUACAAAGGUCUCCAAAGGGAAAGUGCCGGCAAAGAAUCUCCAAAUAAAAAUUUACACAUUGCAGAUAACAAUUGUUCAAGUCAUUCCAGCAGUAAUACUCUGUCAAGUAAUGCAUCCAGCAAUAGUGAUGAUAAACAGUUUGGUUCUAGUGACUUGAUGGAUCCAGAAUUACUUGGAUUGACAUACAUCAAGGGGGCCUCCACCGACAGUGGGAUUGACACAGCGCCCUGUAUUCCACCUUCAUUGAUGGGCACAGUUCACUUGGCGGGCAGCAGAUCAGUGAUUCCGAGUCGGGCAGAUCAGAUGGUGCAAUGGGUAGAGCAUUCUGAAGAUGGAGGGACUGACGAUGGACAAGCUAAGUCGUAUGCUGUCCACAAUUAUGCUGCUGCUAUUUCAGCAAGUCGUGCUACCGAAGGAAGUACUGGAGAUCUUAGCGAAAUUUCAUCACAUUCCAGUGGUUCACAUCAUUCAGGAAGCCCUUCACCACGUGUUUCUAAAACUGGUGGAUCUCUCGAUGCUUCCAAAGUCUACAUAGUACCUCAGAACAGCACCCAGCAGAUUGCAGGAUCUCUGUCAGGAACAUAUCAUCGACAGGCUGGAAGUAACAAGUACAUCAUUGGCUGGAAAAAAUCUGAUGGAAGCCCCACUCCUGAGGAGUCUGACUUGGCAGAUUGUAGAAGGAGGCUCUACGGUGAUGUGGAAGAAAUGUCCACUUCCAGCCAACUUCAAGCUUCAGCCCGGGAAUUGCACCCUGACAGUAAACCCCAGCAAACCUUUUCCAAAGAGGAUUUUCUGAAGCUGAUGCUGCCAGACAGCCCUCCUUUAGAGCAGGACAGGAGGAAGAUCUCUGUUUCCGGAAACCUGUCUCCCAGGAGAUCACUGUACCGCACACUGUCUGAUGAAAGCAUAUGUAGUAAUCGGAGAGGAUCCUCAUACGCCAGCUCCCGAAGUUCAAUGCUUGAACAAGCACUACCAAACGACAUUUUAUUCAGCACCACUCCACCUUACCAUUGCACCCUACCACCCCGUAUCUCUCACAAUCCCUGCAUGUCUGGCCUGAGAACUGAAUUCUGGUUCUCCGAUGGAUCUUUGGUGGAUAAGUCAAAGUACACUGACCCUGGCUUGAUGCCCCUUCCAGAUACUGCUUCUGGGUUAGAUUGGUCAAACCUUGUGGAUGCUGCGCGAGCGUUUGAAGAAUUGUCGUACACACUCUUUCAUGAAGGCUUUGACUCUGACGAGGAUCUUGGAUCUGUUUGCCGUCACACACUCUGCCUAGAUCAGAGAGUAGCAUCCUUUUGCACGCUGAAUGAUAUGCAGUCGGCCCAGGGUUUGGUGAGCGCUGAAGACUUAUCGUUACACAUUGGACAGUCGGACAGACAGGCUCACGCUGAAGAUGCUGAGGGAAGCUCUCCGAACACAAUCACAGGAAAAGUGAAUCAGCUGGAGACCAUUCUCAUGCAGCUUCAGGAUGAUCUUCGUAAGGAAAAAGAAGAUAAGGAAAUGCUUCAAGUUGAGGUACACCAUUUGCGCCAAGAUAACAUAAGGCUUCAAGAAGAGUCCCAGACAGCUGCUGCCCAGCUAAGGAAAUUUACUGAAUGGUUUUUCAACACUAUUGACAAGAAAUCCUGAUGUAUGGAACAGGAGCAGUUAGUACAAAGCACUAUAUGAAAAUUCAUCAAGUCCUAGAAUGUUAUUUUAAGCUGUUCAGAAAUAGAUAUCGGUGUUCUAGCUAUAUUAUGUGUCUGACUCUCUUCACUUGAACAUUCGGUGGUGAAGAAUGAGUGUUUGCUAUACAGUUCAACUUACUAAGAGACUCUCCUAUUGUAAAAUAAAAUCAUGAAACAUUAACUCCAAUGUUAAAGGUGCUCUAUUUUUUGUAAUUACUUUCUUUUCAUUGUCGCAGUGUCAUAGCAAUAAGAUUUUAGUGCAUAACCGCAGGACCGUGUUUGGAAAAUUAACACUAGUGAGAUGGCGCAAAAUUAGAUGCUGUUAAUUUAGAGAAUAUUCAUUUGCUGGAAUAAACGUUGGUGCCUGAAAUAAGCAGUGUUCUGAUGUUUAAAGCUACACUUGCCUUCUGAAUGGCUCACUAAUAUAUCUACAACUUCACUGAUGUUUUUGUACAGUUCAUGUAAGGCUGCAAGAGCAAUGUACACCUUUAUCAGUAAAGUGUGUACACAGUGAGCCGACAAGCCACUUGUACAAUGCCAAAUUUGUUUAUCUUUGUACAGAACCUCAAAAUGAAGUGUCUUGUAUUUAACAUGAUUAUUUAAAAUUAUUUAACCUUAAAUUGUUACAUUUAAGUUUUGUUUCAUCUGCACUAUGAAGAAGACAGUUUGCUGUACAUUGUGAUGUCUGUAGCUUGUCAGUACAAAGACCGUAAUGAUGGUUUGUAGUCGAUCUUACAUUCGGAUGCUGCUAGUAUAUAAUUCCAUGGUUUGUACGCUUUAACAGAUGUGUUCUUUUUAAACUAUUUCAUUUCAAAUGUUACAUACAGUUGCUUUUUUAAUAAAUGUAGGACAUGAAGGUUGGCUGUGGUUUCCUUUCAUUUUUGUUCUUUAGUGUUUUUUAAUGAUGGAUUAAAUCUGAUUAAGUGCUGCUUUCUACAGUUGCAGUUUGUCCAUUUUACUGCUGUUGUAAAAUGGAUGGCAGUCGUGGGGUUGAGCGGGAACAUCAGUGAAGUCAAUUGGAAUAUUUUGCCUCAUGCAAGUACAAAAAGACUGUGAAAAAGAUAACACUAUGGGUAAACACAUAGGUGUGUGUCAUGAAAGGAGGCUGGGGGAACCGUUCACUGUUUUGUAAUGCAUUGUAAAGGAUUUAUGUAUACUGUUCAUUGUUCUAUAAUGCUUUGUGGAGGAUUCUAAAUAGACUACAAAUCUUUAUAGACAGAACUAAACAAUAUGUAAUGUAACACUUCGGUUUGUUUCUAGAUUCAUUAUUCCUAAUUCAAAUUUUAAACAAAUUAAUAUGGAAUUACUUAUUUUAUUGCAAGUAGGAACAUAGUCUACCAUGCAUAAAAUACCAAUAGAGCUAUUUGAAAAAGAUUGCAAAUGUUUAAUUUCAUUGUUGUGUACUUUUAUAAUCAGAUUGCUGAACUGCAUUUAUAAAACUGUUGAUAGUAUUUGCCUCUUCCCAAUUCCAAACACUGUACAGUGCCAACAAAAAGUUAUCAAAGUGAUGCUUGUAGCAGCUUUAACAUAGUUACAGCAUAUAUAUGUUACAGCAAGACAGAAAUUCCAUAAGUUGCUUUAUGUCCUGUUCACCAUUUACCUUGGUCUCCGUAAGCAAAAUUCAGCCCUGUAAUAAAUUCUGGGAGCAAUAUAUAUGUAAUGAGACUUAUCACUCAAUAGAAUAACAAUUGCGUGUUAUAGUUUAAAAAUGCAACCAUCUUUGAUGUGGUCACUCUGAAAAAAUAAAUACAC